AUGACGAUCGAAAUAUUUAAACUCUUGAAGGAGAAGAAAGUGAAGGAUGUGGCAAGACCAACCGAAAUGGUGACUUUUCAAUAUGAAGAUAAGCUACAUGAUGUGUUGGAGAAAUUAAUGGCUUCAGGUAUUGUUUCCGCUCCAGUCAUGAAAGGCAAUGAAUGUGUUGGUUUGAUUGAUAUUUUGGAUAUUCUCGCCUUCUUGGUGGAGCUUUUCGGAGAGACUGAAGUCAGACAAGGAAAUGAUAUUUUCUCACGAUUAAAAACAGCAUCAAAAUUCCAAGAUCAACAAAUUGGAGGUAUUGCUGAUUUCGCUCAUAAUCCUUUCACACCUAUCAGCGAGGAUAAGUCGCUCUACGAUGCUUGCACUGUGUUAGUUAAGGAAAAAUCACAUCGUUGCCCUGUUCUCGAUAAGGACGGAAAGAUGGUCAGUAUUUUGACCCAAGCUCAAAUUGUUAGCUUUUGUGCUCUUCAUGUCAAGGAAAUGGGCGAAUUGGCUCAUCAAAAAGUUGGACAUGCACCAUUGGGAGUCUCUCCUGUCAUUACAUUGGAAAAACAUAUGAGAACAAUUGAUUGCUUCAAAAAGAUGCAUCAAAUGAAAGUGAGUGGAUUGGCCGUCAUUGACAACACUGGAAUUUUAAUCGGCAAUUUAUCUGCAAGAGAUAUUAAGGCAAUCAAUCCAAGUAAUCUCUAUCAUUCACUUCAUCAAAGCGUUCAUACCUUUGUUCAACACAUACGAGAGCAAUCUUUUAACGAAAGUCACCCAGCAAUUUCAUGCUCUGAAGAAACUGAACUAGGAUUUGUUAUUGGAAGAUUGGCAGCCAACAGAAUUCACAGAAUGUAUGUGUGUGACAAGCAACUCCAUCCUUGCAAAGUCAUUUCUCUUCGUGACAUUAUUUCAUACAUCAUGUCUCAAGAACCACAACAAUAA